AUGGCGGAUGGGAGGAACCCCGAGCAAGCCCUGGCCGGAGAAGCAUCGAGGAGCACCCGAAAGAGGCGACGAACACUUCGUUCCUACAUUGUUGAACAAGAACAAGGCGAGAAUGGUGGAAGAACGGCGAGUGACAAUCCGAAUGUUGACGGCGGCGAGGUGAUAACGGAGGUAAGAUCCGGGACGGUGAUUGACCUAGCUCUUCUCGACUGUCCCGUUUGCUGCAUCGCCCUCGCGGCUCCGAUCUAUCAGUGUGACAGUGGACACGUUGCUUGCUCUUCUUGCUGUGUUAAUCUGAGGUACAAAUGUCCAGCCUGCACUUUGCCCAUCGGUAACUAUCGAUGUAGAAUCAUGGAGAGAGUUUUAGAAGCAAUCACCUUCCCAUGCGCAAACGCCAAACAUGGUUGUCCAAAGAAGUUCUCUUACGGGAAAGAGUUGGCUCACGAGAAGCAAUGCAGUUUCGCUCUAUGCCACUAUCCUGCACCAGAGUGCAACUACGCCGGCGUUUGCAAGGAUCUCUACCGUCACUACAAUGAUAACCACAGGGACGUGUCGAAAAUGUUCGUCUCUGGCUGUACCUUUGGUGCGAGGAUGCGUAUCCGUGAUAAGGUUCUAGUGCUUCAGGAAUGUGGGUCUCAUGCGUUGGUUGUUGUUCAGUGUUUCGAGGAGACGAAUGGAGUGAAUGUGGCUGUGAAGUGUAUAGGACCUUGUUCUGCUCAAGGACUUGGGGAGUUCUCAUUUCGUCUCUCUUGCCCGUUUGGAGGUAAAACUAUGUCGUUUGAAUCGGAGAUGAGUAUGAUUCAGAAAGUGAGCUUCCAAACUCCUGGAGAAGAUUUCAUGUCAAUUCCUGCCUACUGCAUGGCUAACCGGGUUGAUUUGGAGAUGAACAUUUGCAUCCGCCGGCGAGGAGAAGAAGAAGGAAGGUGA